ACGCAGUAGAAACGGACAAAAACAGUACUGACAACAUUUCUUGCGCACGCAUAGUAAAAUCCCCUUGUAUAUUAUCUGUGCAGGGGUUGCUCACCCUCUCAGCGGCCAAUAAAAAUUAUUGAUUUGUCUUUUGCCAUGACAAAGUCGUGGCAAUAAUAUAAGUUUUACUUAAAACUAAAGUUACGUUAAGUAGAGUAGACUAGAGCUGAGCUGAUGAAUUAAAUAAAUAAAUUUUGCUAGCGUUUAAUAACGCGAGUCUGUUGCCGAGUGCACCUGAUGAAUCAUCCGCGACCUCAAUUAUUCGCAAAGACUGGAGGAAAUACUUGGAAGAGAGAAUUCAAUUGGCUCAGCAAUGGAAGGGGACAAGUGCAAUAAAAAUAACGAUAAUCCAAAAUUACAAAGUGUGAGGAGAAAAUUAUUUGCUGAUGAUAAUGAGGAUGAUAGUGAUGAAGACAAUAAGACUACUCAGGGUAAUGAUGAUAAUUUGGCUAAUAGAUUAAUUGAAGAGACACGAUUUGAGGCUAAAGAACGAUGGAAUUUUGAUUUCGAAAAAGGUGAACCGUUAACCGGUCAAUGGGAAUGGGUAAAAAUAGAUGAAGAAUUUUCAGACCGUACGCCAGCUACGGAAUUGGGAAAUUCCCAUAGUGAAAAUAGAGAUAAUUUACAAGAAGAAAAAAUAGAUAAUAAUAAUCACUAAUCAGACUGAUAAUAUUUAUUAUUGUUUCUUGAAAGUUGAUGUCGUUGAUCGCUGGUCUACUUUUAUGUCGCCGGAAGCUAAAUUUUAAAUCGGACUAAAUACUGUAAUCAAUAAUUUAUCAUUGUCGAGUACAAUAGAAGCAAUUAGAUAAAAUUUUUUGUAAAUAAUUGGAAUAAACAAUUCUAGUCUGCUGCAAUUUUUUAAGUUACUGAUAAAUUUUAAAAAUGCUAAAGUGAUAUUUUAUAAAAUUAUAAUGGCAUAUAAUCAAUUAUAUAUUUAUUUUAUGGAAUGCAAUUAAAUGAUUUUUAAUAAAUAUAAAAAA